AUGCCUGAGAACGAAGAACGAGAGAAACUAGCCAAAGUCAUCCGGCAGUGGAACAACACCAGGCUGGAUCUGUUUGAAAUCAGCCAACCUGAUGAGAACCUGGAGUUUCACGGCGUGAUGCGCUUCUACCUUGACGACCACGCUGAGGGCAACGUGGCCACGAAGUGCCUCCGAGUUUGCAGCAGCUCCCCGACUCGCGAGGUCGUUGAAAUUCUGUCCGAGAAAUUCAGGCCUGACAUGAAAAUGCUGACGACCAGCUAUUCCCUGUAUGAGAUCCACACCAGUAAAGAGCGUAAACUGGAUUUGGAUGAGAGACCUUUACUUGUCCAAUUAAACUGGAACUCAGACAACAGAGAGGGUAGAUUUGUCCUCAGGAAAGACAAGGACAGUGUGGAGGUGAGUGAACAUUUAGAAAACUGUCACGAGAAAGAAAAAGGAGGAGUGAUCAAAAACUUUAAGAGGACGCUGUCGAAGAAAGGAAAGAAGAAAGAGAAGAACAGAGGAGCGGCCGACACGCUGUCCGAGGAUGAGAGCGGGCCAACUGAAAAUCCAGUGAACAACGGCAGUGUCCGUUUGUCCGACAACGAGGCGCGAAAACUGUGCUCGGAGAAAAAACGGCCGGAGAAAGCAGCUGCAGCUGACCGGCCUGGAUUACCAGUCGGAGUCAAAUUCUCUGAUAACUCCGAGGAGCCCUUCCUGUCCGCAGUCAUAAAUUACACCAACAGCUCCACGGUUCAUUUCAAGCUCUCACCUGCGUACAUCCUCUACGCCGCGGGCCGCUUCGCUCUGCAGCGCCAUCACGGCCGAGGCUCCCCGCCCGCGGGACGCCUGCACCGCGUGACCUCCAUCAGCAGCAAGAUGGUGGCCAUGACAGGGAAGGUCAUCCAGAGGCAGCAGAGCAUCGCCGGGGCGCUGGCCUUCUGGUUGGCCAACUCCUCUGAGCUGCUGAACUUCCUCAAGCAUGACGAAGACCUGAGUCCGCUGACGCAGCAGAGCCAGCUGGAGCUGUCCCGCCUGGUGCACAGAGCCUACAGUUUCCUGCUGCAGUGUUUGCAAAAUGAAUUAAGGAAGCAUUUGCCAACGUUUCUGAUUGAUCCUGAGCAACACGGCCCGCUGCCACCUGGUAUCGAGAUGGUGCUGAACACCCUGAUGAACGCCAUGUCCCUGCUGCGGCGCUGUCGGGUCAACCCGGCCCUCACCAUCCAGCUCUUCUCCCAGCUCUUCCAUUUCAUCAGCGCCUGGCUCUUCAACCGGCUCAUGAACCCGGAGGACGGCGCUCCGGGGCUGCGCUCCCACUACUGGGGGGCCGCCCUCCGUCAGAGGCUCUCCGCCAUCGAGGCCUGGGCGGAGAGGCAGGGCCUGGAGCUGGCCGCCGACUGCCACCUGGGACACGUCGUCCAGGCAACCACGCUCCUGACCAUGAAUAAGUACUCGAUGCAGGACACGAAGGACAUCCAGAGUACCUGUUUCAAGUUGAACUCACUGCAGCUGCAGAUGCUGCUCUCCGGCUACCUCUACGCAACCGACGAGCCGCACAUCCCCCCCGAUUUGAUCGAUGCCGUGGUGACGGCUGCCGAGGCCUCGGCGGAUAACCUGAUUCGGAGCGAAGGACGGGACAUCCAGCUGGAGGAGAGCCUCGACCUCCAUCUGCCCUUCCUGCUGCCGGAGGGAGGAUACUCCUGUGACACAGUGAGAGGAAUCCCUCAAGGCUUUACAGAGUUUUUGGAGCCAAUAUGUCAGAAAGGUCUCUGCUCUUUGACCUCCCAGCAUAACCCUAAAGGUGACUGGACCGUGUUCUUCAGCGAGUCUGCUCCUCCUCAACAGAACACAUACUUGGCGGCACACAGACAGCCGGAGAUUGUUACCAUCACCCUGAACAAACCCCUCAACAGUGGGAUGGGGGUCAGCAUUGUUGCUGCCAAGGGAGCAGGCCAGGGUAACCUUGGCAUCUAUAUUAAAUCUAUUGUUAAGGGAGGGCCAGCUGAAAUGAAUGGCGAGUUAACAGCUGGAGAUCAGCUGCUCAGUGUCGACGGUCAGAGUCUGAUUGGAGUCAGCCAAGAAAGGGCAGCGGCGAUCAUGAUGCAAACCGGCCCUGUUGUGACCUUACGGGUUGAAAAACUCGGCGCCAGCUACCGUGGCCUCGGGGCUCUGCUGAGGGAGCCAGCUCCACAAAGGACCGCAGGCGAAAGAGGCCAGGCUAAGCCGAACGCCGAAGCGUCGGUGCUGCGCGGCGACACGGAUCCCGCUCCCUCGGAGCAGCUGCUCGGAAGCAGCAAAAGGAAGAAGGAGCAAAUGAUGCAGAGGAACAGACAACUUUAUCGCUCCAGCCCCAACGUGAACAACUUUGGCCUGGAGGAGAAGGAUGAACCUGCUGACCCAGUUGUGAGAGGAAACGUUGCUUCUGUUUCCAGUAUCAAUCUCUGCACCGAGCGCCAAGCCCUCUCACAGGAGAACCUGUGUGUGGAGGGAGGACGCCCCCUGCUGGACACCAGGCAGAACAUGUGGCCACAAAGGGACUCGGGUGCAACGCAAACUGCCAGCCACUAUUCAUCCUUCCCCAUCCGCUCGAGUGUUUCUUCUCAUGAUAUCCUGUCUGAUAAGAGUCCUUCCACCAAACAGCCCCACGGAGGCCGUACGAGCUGCGCCGGCGUCUGGAGAACCCCGUUUUUACAAAAUUCCACGCCCACGCCUUCGGUUCAGCCAAUACGCAUCGACAUCCCUGUAACCAGGGCGGUGAACACGCAGGCGAAUCCUCCGCUCAUCACCUUUCAGCAAGGUUCUUCUCUGCUGGCGGCCAAGAUCGGCCAAAACCACCAUCUGAACGGACACAAGCAGAGUCCUCAAAGCCAAGCCGAUCACAUUUACGCAUGUCCCACAUCCGCGGUGAGGAGGCCGCCUCAGUCAACACAGCAGCAAAAAUCCAACACACAAAGGGACGCAGCGGUCAAACCGCAGGUGAGCAUCACGCCAACGAAACACGUUUCCUUCCAAGAGCCUCCAGCUCAACAGAGGAACAGCAGGCCAAACGACCCCCCGGCGCUGGGGGACCCGUGGAGGAGGGAGGCCCAGGAGAAGCUGGAGGAGCAGCAGAGGCUCCACAUGGUGGAGCUGCUGGAGCAGGAGGUACAAGACCUCCAGGCCAAAGCCAGGCGCACGGCCGAGGAGAACGACCGACUCAGGAGGCUCAGCCUGGAGUGGCAGUUUCAGAAGAGACUGCGGGAAAUUCAGCAGAGGGGAGACGAGGAGGAGGAGGAAGACGACGAUUUGGACAUGAUGGUGACGCUGCAGCAGCUGGAGAAGCGAGCUCAAGUGAGGAGAAACACGGGGCGAGAUCAGUGA